UUCUUGUCGUUGUCUUGUUAUGUCGUAUCAAAAUUUUUGUGUGUGCUCCUCCUCGGUGUAUAUAAUUUUUUAUUAAAAAUUAAUAAGAAAUAAAAAACAUAAAAUCGAGUCAAGAAAAACAAAAAAUGUAUAAAACAAUCCUAUACAAUAUGAAAUAAACGAAAAUUUAAUAUAAAUCUUUGUUUUCAUAAACAUUGAGAAUUUAUCAUUCAUUAAAAACGCCGUUGUGGAUUGAUUAACUGAGUGCGUGCAAAGAUGGUCCAUUGAGAGCUUGAGAAAGAAAAAAAAGAAAACAAAAAAAAAGUACUCAUAAAAAAAAAGAUACACCAUGUCAUCUUUACAAAAAGAUCUAACACGCUCGGAUUCAUCGGCAUCAUCAAAUCAAGAUCUAGACGAUAUAUUCAUUGAUCAUACAGACUUGGAAGCUUUGGAUGAUGUUGCUCCACAAAAACGUCAUUUUUUAGACUACGAUGCCGUAGCACCGCCAGGAUUUGAAGAAGAUUUUAGUGCAAUUCUAACAAUUGGCGGAGGGGGGCCUCCAAGUGGUAGCAGCCACCAAAAAGUCUCAUCAUCAUCAGUGAGCUCGGGUCUAGGAGAGAAUUUAAAAAUCGACAAAAAAUACGAACGUGAUGGCGAAAUUAGCGACUACGAGUUGGCUGCAAGUGGUUAUACGAAAAAAGAAUUCACUCAAGAUGACAAUACUCUUGUGGUAAGGAGUGGCGGUGGCAGUUCAAGUGGUGCCUUUGGCAAGAAGAAACACUUUCUAGACGAGAAUCCAAUACCACCCGACUACAUGCUUGACAAAGACAUGCGUGAACAUCGGAGUUUGGAUAGGAAUUUUGAGCGGCAACACGAUUUUCAAAGAUCCACAUCAGGAUCUAGCGGCCGAAAGCACUCAUUGGACAGGGAUAGAGACUCACGAGGGUCAACUCGUAAAUACAAAGAACCCAGCUAUACACUAUCGCGUUUCAUAGCUAGUGAUCUUGUUGUUCCACCAAUGGAAACCAGUAGUCUAGCUUGGUCAGCGGCAGAAGAACGCACCGAUGGAAGUCAAUACUCGGGUUUGCCAAAAGCUGAAUGUGUCUAUUCAUUAGCUUCAAUGUUGGGAUCUCAUGAUUCAGUUGAUGUUUCGAAAAAGUUUCUCGAAUUGUCUCGCACUGGCGAAGCUUGUGUUGCAUUACGCAAAUCUGGCUGCAUUCCAUUGCUGGUACAAAUGAUGCACUCAGAUGCAAAUGAUGGAGUUCGUAAAUAUGCUGGAAUGGCGCUACAUAAUGUUGUACAUAGCCAUCCAGAUGACAAAGUGGGUCGUCGCGAAGCGAAAGUCUUAAGACUCAUCGAACAGAUACUUGACUAUUGCAACUUUUUGAAGACACUACUUCAGAGUGGAGGUGAAGCAAUUGCUGAUGACUCGGAUCGUCAUCCAUUGGCUGCCAUUUCUAGUCUUAUGAAAGUCAGUUUUGAUGAGGAGCAUAGGCAUGCUAUGUGUCAGCUGGGAGCGUUACAAGCUAUUGCUAGCUUAGUGCAUUUGGAUCAUGCAGUUCAUGGGCCAAAAUCUGAAGAUGAAUGCUGUAACUCGUUGAGACGUUAUGCCCUAAUGGCUUUGACAAAUUUAACUUUUGGAGAUGAAAAUAACAAGACACUCCUGUGUGCAAAUAAAGAGUUUAUGGAGGCUCUUGUUGCUCAAUUGAAUUCAGCACCCGAUGAUUUAUUGCAGGUGACAGCAAGUGUACUAAGAAAUUUAUCAUGGCGUGUUGAUAACAAUAUGAAAGCUGUUCUAAAUGAAAUUGGCACAGUAACAGCCUUGGCCAAAGCUGCCAUGCUCAACAAAAACGAAAACACAUUGAAAGCCAUUCUAUCAGCAUUGUGGAAUCUAUCGGCACAUUGCAGCACAAAUAAAGCUGAAUAUUGUGCUGUUACCGGAGCACUGGCAUUUCUAGUCGAUAUGCUGACCUAUGAAGGUCCAAGUAAGACUCUUAAAAUUAUCGAAAAUGCAGGAGGCAUUCUCCGAAACGUCUCUAGUCACAUAGCAGUUCGUGAGGACUAUAGGAAAAUAUUACGUGAACGUAAUUGUCUGGCAAUUCUACUGCAACAGCUAAAAUCAGAAAGCUUAACUGUUGUCAGCAAUGCAUGUGGAACAUUGUGGAAUCUAUCUGCACGUUCAGCAGAAGAUCAAAAAUUCCUAUGGGAUAAUGGAGCAGUACCAAUGUUACGGUCUCUAAUCCACUCGAAACAUAAAUUAAUAUCCGAAGGCAGUUCGGCUGCACUCAAGAAUUUACAAAACUUUCGGCCAAGUAUACUUAAUCCAAAUAAUAUGGAUCCAAUUGCUAGAUCAAUGGGUUUGAAAGAAUUACCAACUUUGAAUGCUCGAAAACAAAAAGCUCUCGAACAGGAGUUAGUUAAUCAAAAUCUUUCAGAAACAUGUGAGAAUAUCGAUGUGGUAACACCACCAAAAGAACGAAAUGAUUUCACUCCAUUGACAGAUCCCCGGAAGUUUCCGCCACCUCCGGUGCGUCUUACCCGAUCUGCAGUAGUCUCGAAAAGUGAGAGCAGAGAUUCAAUUUUUUCCGCCAAAUCAGAUUCAGCCUACGAAAUGAUGAGAGGCAAUUCAGCUCUUGUUCGCGGGAAAAUGCCCCCAGAUAGGAAUAUUGAAUUUGCUGUCAAAACGACUGCAGCUUUUGAUGUUGAAAAUGAAACCGAACAACCAAUUGAUUAUUCAGCCAAGUACUCUGAGGGUGCUACUUCUAAGUCAAAUAAAUCUCUAGCUGAAUCUGGACCGAAAUCGAAUCAAAAGGGUCUCAAGACCGCUCGUAACUAUUCUAGUUACCAAGAGACAGAUUUAGAUCAACCGACGGAUUUUAGUCUGAGAUAUGCUGAAAAUCAAGUCGAAUCAGAUAUGGAAGAGAAAACUCGAAUGAAUAAUGGAAGUGAAAUAAUUUUAAUUCUCGAAGACAGUGUAAAAUGUUACCAAACUGAGGACACUCCUUACGUGAUUUCCAAUGCACCCUCAGUAAGUGAUUUGCAAAAUCCAAAAUUAGAAGAAAACAUUGUUCGCAAUAAGCCACAAACAUCUGUACUUCCUUCAAGUAAUGUCAUCUAUGGAUCUGGUUCGUAUACUCCAGAAAAACCAAUAAACUACUGCGAAGAAGGAACUCCAGGUUACUUUAGUCGCUACGAGUCUUUGAGCAGUCUGGAAGAGUCACCACAAAAUGCACAAACAACAAAUGGAACGGCACCCACAAAGUCAAAGGCUGAUAAAACUAACAUCAAUGUGAAAGAAGAAACGAUCAAGUCACCAGAACCGCCUGCAGUUUUAGCACCAACCGAUGUAAAAGAGGAAGAGGACGAAAAGCCUGUUCUACCCCAAAACGCUCAAGAAUCAGGGCCAUGUGCAAUAAUAUCCAAAAACAACUAUAACUCUGCACAAGAAACGCCUUUAAUGUUUUCGCGUCAUAGUUCGAUGGAUUCGCUUGCAGAAGAAGAAGAAGUCGGAGCAAUUGUUGCCGAUGACAAAAGUUCUGUGGUUAGUGAUUUUAGCCGAUUGGCGAGUGGUGUUAUCUCGCCGUCUGAUAUUCCAGAUUCCCCAACUCAGAGUAUGCCACAAUCCCCACGACGAAAUAGUAACUCUCAAUUGCCCUUCUCAUCGGCGGGAGUAGCUGUUACAGGAGGUAGUAACAGUUUAAAGAGUCAGAAUAAUGCAGCACCACCUCGUUUGCGCAGCGUAUUCGAAGAUGAUCUCAAUACAUUCCAAGUGGAGAACACCCCCGCUCAAUUCUCAUGUGCCACUAGUCUAAGUAAUUUAAGUCUCGACGAUGAACAGCCCACAGAUAAGCCAGAUAUGGAUUUAAUGAAGGCUGAAGGUGGUUCCCUGACAAAUUCAUGCCCAGAUCAAAAGCAAAUUGAGACUGUAAAAGGUGAUAUUGCAUUUUCCGAGGGUGAAGAGGAAACAAACGAUGAUUACCUAUUGGCAACUUGCAUCAAUAUUGGAAUGAAUCGAGAUCGAAAAGAAACGACUGAAGGGCACAAAGAUACAGCAAUAAUUUUAUCUCCACCAGCUGGAGACUCUACAAAGCAAUAUUUCACCGAAGACACACCGGCUCUUUUGUCAAAAGUUGGAAGCAAUACUAACUUAUCAUCUAUUUCACUUCUCACAAAUCCAUUGGGAAAUAAAAUUGAAGGUGAGAUGGUGGCAAACCUUUCGGAUGAUGUCAGUUCGAAUGCAUCAGAAGCUGGAGGACUUGAUUUACUAGAGCAAUGCAUACGUGAUGGAAUGCAAAAGCCAGUUAAUAUACCAAAGGAUAAUGUGACAAGCACUGAGGCUCAUGCAGUUCGAAAUAUUGGUGGUCCACCGCAAAUAAGAAAAAGUGUCGCCCCUCGCAGGAGACCAGAAAAUACUACUAGUUCAAAUGAUCCUAUUGCAAUGUUGCGGAGGGGUGGGCUUUCUAUGAAUAAUUUUGUACCACAAAUUAAUGAUGAAAUGAACAAGUACUUGGUAGAGGAUAGUCCUUGUAAUUUCUCAAUGAUGUCGGACUUAUCGAAUCUGACCGUUGGCUCAAGCAUUGUUGGUCCUGCUUUGAUGAAGAAAUUACCAUCAGGCGGUAACGAUUACCGAUCAUCCGACAUCAACGAGCCUAAAAAAAUGCAUCACCCUCAGAUGCCACAUCCACAUCAAUCAAACAUCGCCGACGAUUCAUUAAGUUCGCUUUCCAUUGAAUCUGAAGAAGAUACGAAUUUACUAAGUCAGGCUAUUGCAGCUGGUUGCAAUAGACCCAAGUCUAAUCUUGGUUUCAAUUCGUCAAACAAACGUCCUUUAUCCUCAUCACAGCCGAUCCCCACAUCAUCACGAUCAGCAGCUAAUCAACAUCUUCCAUCAAAUCAUCACCAUCAUCAUCAAAAAGCUUUUGAUGGUAAUGAAUCCAUCAGUUCAGUUGAUUCAAGUGAUUCCAACGAUAACCAAUCCAAGUCCCUAUUUGAACAAUGCAUUCGAACCGGUAUGAACAAGAAAACACGACAUCAUUCUGAUAAAUUACAACAACAAGGCCGUUCAUCAACAUCGAAUCCGAAUUUAAAUGUCACACCAAAGCUAUCACAACUCUCGAGCAUACCCCGUGUGCCGAACCCCAAAACACCAAUACGUUUGGAUCGCGAACGCCAAAGAGAUCGCGAGCGCAAGGACGAACAGCUUUUGCAAGAGUGCAUAAACACAGGAAUGGCUAAAAGUGCCGCAGGCACCAAUCAAAUCAAACCUCCAGCUAGACACACAAGACACAUGCUAUCCUCUGUCGAGACCAUGUUCAACCAAAAACGCACUAACGAUCCACAUCCACAACCUACAUAUUUGGCAAGUUUCGCUACACCCCACAUGCAGCCGGCGUCACCGAUGGUUAUACCAACAAUGGCCCCACCGAUGACGCAGAAGAUGCCAAAAAACGGGGAAACUACGUCUGCAGCUGUGUUGGAACAGUCUCAACAUCGGGAAAUUACUACAUCUCCAAGUGCCCCCAACACAGCUCCAGGCGUAGGGAUGAAAGAGUAUCCAGACGGCACAAAAGAUCCAAAAAAUCUUCAGCAUCUGCAAUCGAUGGCAGUCAAGGUGGAGGAGGUUGUAUUAACCCUAGACAGCAGCCGCCCAAUGACAAUUGGGUCUAGCACGAGCAGUGCGGAAGGCGGCGGCGGUGGUGCAGAAUCCUUACUUCUGGCUAGUAUGAAUACCACAUGGACAGACGAGUAUCCAGGACAGGAAAUGAUCAGCAGUCAGGACUCGUUUCAAGAAUCGCAGUCUGUUUCCUUUGAUAUGGAUAAUUCAAGUCAUCAACAACAGGUGACCCCAACUGUGCCGAAUAAGCACAAGGAUCCAGAUUUGAUGUUAAAAUCCGUUGAGCGACUAACUCAUGAUUAUGUGUCGACUGCUGAAUACUUACGGGCGGCGGAUAAUAGCGAUUUAACAGAUGAAGCAGUAUGCAACAAUAAAUACAACAGCAACACUACAACCACAACAUCCAAUAACACCUGGAGUGAGGACACAUGUCCCAAUGAUGUAUCAUUCCCCAGCGUUAGCAUAUCGGCUCCAAUGAUUGCCUCCCUGCAAGAUGACGACGAUGAGGACGAUCAAACUUCCAUGCAAAUUGAUCAUACAUCUUUCCGAUUCAAAGGAGAUCUGCACGACUUUGCAGAAAUUACUCCAACCAACGAGAUUCAACCCUUUGAAUCGUUAUCAAUGCAAACAAUGAAUACGGUUGAGGAAGUUGGCACAUCGCAACCCAAUUCGUUGGAAACAGAAACCGAUACAUUGGUGAACGAUGAGAUAGCAGCUGUAAUUGUGUCAGAAAACGAACAGUUUACUGAGUUAUCGAGCGAAGGAAUCAGAUUUCAGGUUGGCGGAGAAGUGAAAAGAGUUCCAUUACAAGCGGCUGCAACAAAUACCUAUUUGACACCAGCAUUUGGUGGAGUACCGUCAGUUAUGACAAACUCUACGAUAAUUGCUUUUGAAGCUAAUAGAUUGGCUGAUAAUUUGUUGAAUGACAUGGCUCAAAGUACUAACAGUCUUGAUUUGGAUAACAUUCGGCCGCCAUCAUGCAUGGAAUCGCUGAGUAUGUCGGGUUGUUAUGAAGUUCCACAAAGUCCACAAUUGUCUCGACUGAGGAAGAAAUCUCUACCAGCUGGAAUAGUGGCUAGACGUGCUUUGGGUCAUCUUCCUGCCCAUCUUAAUGGUAGUUUAGAGAGUGUAAACUCUAGUUGCAAUUUGGAGAAUAUAAAACCACCAUCUUUGAUGGAUGAAUUGCUUGAUUCGAUGAUCAGUGUAUCAAGUAUUCAGUCAGAAAUAGUGGAUCAAAGUUUGAACAACACAACGAUGAGUAAUUACGAAACGGCCUAUGAUUUUGAUGAUAAUACAGUAACCCUGCACAGUUGUUCUGAAAUACUUCCCAAUGAUGGAUACGAUUCGAAUGAAACACCUUUACAGUCGGAUUUCAGUUCAGCCGAAUCAACUCCUAGAAAGUAUCGCAAUGUUAAUGGUGUCAAGAGGACCUUGACUCCGAAACAGAAAAGGAAACUUGUUAAGGAUCGUUUCAAAACAUACACAAUUGCAGCUGAUUUUGCUUUGAAUGAAAAUUAUAGUGGUGAGUUGCAAGAAUUAGAUUUCGACGGAGAUGAAGAUGAAGUUCUGCAAAUAGAAAUUGAAGAAAUUGACGAUGGGGCAGAUAAUGCAGAGAAUGCAGGGGGAAAUUUAUUGAAGAAGAGCCCUUCGGCGAUUCAGAAGAGGAAUGCUAAUCCGGAGCGUUAUCGCACACGGACUAUCAGCUAUACACGUGACCAGGAAUUGAAUAAUUUUGAUAUUCAAUCGAUUGGUGCUAGCAAUGAUCAAGAAAGUCUAACUUCCACUGACGAUUGCUCCGAGGAAAUGUCUUCUAUCAAAGCAAUGACAAAGCAAUUUAAAUUUAUUGCAUCUUCCGAUUUAAUCGCCGAACCUAAUACCACAGAUAUCGAAGAAGGCUGCUCAAUGCAAACCGUUGUAAUUGCUCCCUCUACAACCACAACAGCCGAAUCGGACUACAAUAGUAUGGAAUGUGAUCAAACAUCUGAAACCGAGUCGUGCUAUCAGAACAACUAUCAAAACGACGACGAAGCACCCGCAAAACGUCUCAUCAGACCACGAAUAGUCAAACUAGGUGACAAAGAUUCUGGCACUGAAGUGAAUUUCAGUGAAGAUGGCCUAACACCCCCCGAAUCGGUUGUCAAAGCAGUCCGUGGACGCAAGAAACCCCAAUACAUAUCACCAUAUCGCAAGACAACAGCACGUCCAUCAUUUCCCAGCAAAGCUCAAAUAAGCAAUAUAACAAACAUUGCUGUCAAUAAGACAUCCCAAUUAAAGAAAUUACCUGUGACAAGUCUCAAACAAAAGAAUGCCGCCACAACGAAACCGCUCAGUGGUGUUGUGGCUUUGAAGAAAUCAGAUGUGCCAUCCAAAUUGGGUUCCAUAGUUCCAAGUGUGUCGCCUAGCAAAAAAUCGGCAGCAAAAAAUGAUACAUUAGUUGUUCCGUCGGUAGCACCUCCACCAACGCUCGAACGACAAGGAACUUUUGUCCAAGAUGAACCCACAAUCACUGAUGUACCAGUUCCUGUUGUGGUUUCACCUACCCGUGCAUCUAAGUUGCCUUUGAAGAAAUCGAUUGCCACUAAGCUGAAGCCGCCCUCGUCAAAAGUCGCUCCAACCGUUGUUGGUAAGCUUCCGAGACAAGUCACAAUGCCCGCCCGACCCUAUACGGCAGCUUCUAGCAUCGAUUUGAAACGCAAAGGUCUUGUCGGAGUGCGCAAGUCACCUAGUGUGCCAACAGUUCCCCAACGGUCGAAUAGCAAUGCGUCUAUACGCGUAACACCAUCUAUAAACGCGCUUCGAUCAAAUCUUCCGUCAACUACACCGCCAUCACGCAGCAAUUCCAACCUAACGACAGCAACGAAGAUCAACCAAAUCAGCAGUCGCAUUGCAGGCAUCUGGAAAAAGGUCGACGAAGCCAAACGCACCGCAACGAAGACAACACCAAUGCCAACUGCAACAGCAAAACAGGCAGCAACAACAGCUGCGGCCAAACCUUCUCAAAUGAAGACUACCGGUAAGCUAAAUCGUAGUUCAACAUUUGACAAUAGUCCUUCCGUUGUUGAACCAUCCUCCAAAAAGCAACCAGUAGCUACCGGUUCCAAAGGUGCCAGUCACCUACAUCAUAUAUCCCCGACAAAGAGAAUCCCCAUAACCGUUUCACCUAGAAAACGAUUCGAUUAGGGAUCUCUUAAGUUUCCCCCAUAUAUUUAUUUCAUAUAUACAAAAAAGCUUAGCCAAAUGUUAAUGUUAAGACCUUUUGAUAUUGUAUCACAGCAAUGGAUUUGUAUUAAGGUUUUUUUUUUUUUUCUUUGA